GGGCCCGGUUCCGCCAUGGCGCUGCGGAGGCGGCAGCAACGCCCGCCGGGGCGGGUCACGCGCGUCGCGCCGGAUGUGACGCGCGGCAGAGGCGCCGCCGCCACCGCCAUGAGGGGCUGGGCGGGCGCGCUGCGGGCGGGCGCUGCCGCGGGGCCCGGGCCCGGCGGGCUCCGGCAGCGCUUCGACUUCGGCGGCCGCGAGGCGGCCUCCUGGUUCCCGGGACACAUGGCAAAAGGCCUGCGGCGGAUGCGGGCCUCCCUGCGCAGCGCCGACUGCCUGGUCGAGGUGCACGACGCUCGGAUCCCGCUGUCAGGCCGGAACCCCCUGCUGCGGGAGGUGCUGGGCAUCCGCCCACACGUUCUGGUGUUGAACAAGAUGGACCUGGCUGAUCCCUGCCGGCAGCCGACAGUUUUGGAGCACCUGAAGCAGGGAGGAUGCUCACAUGUUGUCUUCACCGACUGCCGGCACGACAGCAAUGUCAAAAAGAUUGUCCCUCUGGUUGCCAAGCUGGUGGGUGACAGCCCACGCUACCACAGGGCUGAGAACUCUGAGUACAACAUCCUGGUGAUUGGUGUGCCCAACGUGGGCAAGUCCUCGCUCAUCAACUCCCUGCGGAGGCUGCAUCUCAAAAAGGGGAAAGCCACCGCGGUGGGUGGCGAGCCAGGUGUCACCAAGGCCGUGCUGACCAGAAUCCAGGUCUCUGAGAAGCCCCUGAUGUACCUGGUGGACACGCCGGGGGUGCUCUCGCCGAAGCUGGGUGAUGUGGAGACAGGCAUGAAGCUGGCACUGUGUGGAGCUAUCCGUGACCACCUGGUGGGGGAGGACAUCAUGGCUGACUACCUCCUCUACACCCUGAACAAGAGGCAGCAGUUCGGGUACGUGCGGCGCUACGGGCUGGCCGAGCCCCGCGAUGACAUCGCGGUGGUGCUGAGGAGCGUGGCCCUGGCCCAGGGCUGGACGCAGCGGGUGAAGGUGCUGACGGGCACGGGGGAUGUCAACGUGACCGUGCCCAACUACCCGGCUGCCGCCUGCGAGUUCCUGCGGGAUUUCCGAGCGGGACGUCUGGGCAGGGUGACCCUGGACUGAGACAUCUCCCGCGGGGAAGAGGCACCGCCUGGAGCUGCGCGGGGAGCGGACAAGGGCCGGGAUGCUCCCCGCUGACUGCCCGGGCCCCACGGCACGGAGCUGUGACGGUGACAAGCAGCCGCGGGGAGGGCCCCGGUUUCGGACCCUGCGGGGGGUGCGGGAUCCCCGAGCCGGGGGUGUCACUGCGGGGGCCUGGACCACGGCUGCUUCCUCCACCCGGGACAAAUCCCCCGUGGCACCUUCCGUCCCUGCGGCCCCGGCCCCCCCUCGCACCCCCCUCCCGAAAUAAAGGUUCGGCGGGUGGUGACCGGGGCGGUGGCCGCUCCCGGGUCCCGUCCGCGUCCCCGCAUCCAGGCACGCCGGUGUUACUCCCA